AUCUUACCAUUACCCACUUCUCAACACUCAUCCACCCAUCCUUUCGCAUUCCCCCAUCUAUCUAUCUACGAUACUUCUAUCAUACCUCUAUAAUACUAUCGACAAUUUCCCCAUAAAAAAGGCCUGAAACCAACUUAAGCGGGACAUCGCACACACAAACUGCACAAUGUCUCCACCGCCAGAUCUCCUCGAAACCCUAACGACACUCACUGCCUCCCUCACCACGACUAGUACAUCCAUCCAAUCCGCCGAAUUCCCGACACUCACAUCCCCAGAGAACGGCAUAUCCCUCCUGGGCCUGAAAAACGAGCUCCUCCUCUCAUAUGUCCACAACAUCGUCUUCCUCGUACUAGUCCGGCUCCGCUCGGGCACAUUGAGCAAUGGCAUUGGUGCAGACGCAGUCAAGGAACUGGUCAAGAUCCGCGUUCUGUUAGAGCGGGGUGUGAAACCGCUGGAAGGGAAAUUGAAGUACCAGAUUGAUAAGGUCAUCGCUGCAGCGUCAUCGUCGAUGCCGGCCGGUACCGCUCCUGCAACGACGAAGGAGGAGAUAGAAGUAAGAAAUGGCAAGGGCAGUGGUGAAGAUAGUUCAGAUGAAGACGAAGAUGUGACAGCAAACAACUGCGACUACUACCCCCUUCAGGAAAAACCCCGUUCAGACGUAGCAGCAGCUUCAGCACCAGUAUCAGCACUCACCAGGAAGGAACUCGCUUUCCGUCCUAAUCCCGCCGCUCUUGUAAAACCCUCUGCUCCGGCGCUAUCCUCAUCUACUACGAACCUCUCCGAUGGCAUAUACCGCCCACCUCGCAUCUCCGCGACCGCAAUGCCGGAACCCAACAGGUCCGCGGAGAAAGGUAAGCCUCCCCGCCGCAAAUCCCAUAUGCUCGAUGAAUUCGUUAUGGAGGAGUUGUCCACCGCGCCAACAGUGGAGUCAUCCGUCGGGUCCACCAUUAUCGACUCCGGCCGCGUAGUCAAGACCGCACGCGAUAGGCGCGAGGAGCGAGAGAGGCAGGAGUACGAGGAGAAUAACUUUGUCAGGCUGCCGAAGAUGGGUAAGAAGGAGGCGAGGGAACUGAAGCGCCGCGGUGGGAGAGAGGUGAACGGCAUGGGCGGUGAGGAUUGGUCGGGUUUCACGGGGGAUAUAGAGAGGUUGACGAAGGAGGUUGAUAGAGCGGGUAAGAGCGCAAGGUUGUUGGAGAAGAGUCGGAAAAGGAAGGGUGAUGGGGAUAAUGAGGAGGGGGGCAGCUCGAGGGUUGUGGGGGACAGUUUUGAGAGGAAGAAGGAGAGGCUUUCUAAGAGGAGGAAGACUUAGAUGAGUGAGUCUAUGGAUAGAUACAUAGACAUAGAUAGAUAUUUUAAAAGUUUUCAUCCCUUUUGAGUCGCUACUUUGCGCUUGACCUGUAUCAUCAUUAAUCCACUCCAUUUCCACAAACUAGCAAA